CCACCCCUCCCUCCAUCUAUCCCUGUUAUCUCCUUUUAUCUGUCUUAUUUCUGGCUCUGUCCCUUCUCUCCCCUCUUCCACUACAUAUUUCUCUUUCUCCCUCCCGCUGUCAACUUCCGAGACCGCACCUCUCGCUGUUCUCAUCUCCAGACAGACAACAAAGGAACAAUACCCUUAGAUCGAUCCCUCGCCGUCCAAUACCGCUACCAUGGCCGACGGAAAGCUGGUCUCGUAUACCGAGAAUCUCAUGAAGUACAUGAAGCUCGACCAGAAGGGAAACGCCAUGGCGGAGUACAUCUGGAUCGAUGCUGAUGGCCAUGUCCGGUCCAAGAGCAAGACAAUUACCAAAAUCCCCGAGGAUGGUCAAAUCAAGCCCGAGGAUCUCCCCGUCUGGAACUUCGACGGCUCAUCUACCGGUCAGGCUCCCGGUGACAACAGCGAUGUCUACCUUCGACCGGUGGCCGUCUACCCCGACCCCAUGCGGGGUGUCCCCAACAUCCUCGUCCUGGCCGAGUGCUGGAAUGCCGAUGGCACUCCCAACAAGUUCAACCACCGCCACGAAUGCGCUAAGCUGAUGGAGGCCCAUGCCGAGCAGAAGCCGUGGUUCGGCCUGGAGCAGGAGUAUACCCUCUUCGACAUGGAGGACCGCCCCUACGGAUGGCCCAAGAACGGUUUCCCGGCGCCCCAGGGUCCUUACUACUGCGGCGUCGGCGCUGGCCGAGUUAUGUGCCGUGACAUCGUCGACGCCCACUACAAGGCCUGCCUCUACGCCGGUAUCAAGAUAUCGGGCACCAACGCCGAGGUCAUGCCUGCCCAGUGGGAGUUCCAGGUCGGUCCCUGCGAGGGCAUCGAGAUGGGUGACCAGCUCUGGAUGGCUCGCUUCCUCCUCCACCGCGUUGCCGAGGAGUUCGGCGCCAAGAUCUCCGUCCAGCCGAAGCCCAUCCCGGGUGACUGGAACGGUGCCGGUCUCCACAGCAAUUUCUCCACGGCGAACAUGCGCGUCGAAGGUGGUAUGAAGCACAUCGAGGAUGCCAUUAAGAAGCUCGAGGGCCGACACAAGGAGCACAUCGCCGUCUACGGUGAGGGCAACGAGCAGCGUUUGACCGGCCGACACGAGACCGGUGCCAUCGAUCAGUUCAGUUAUGGUAUCGCGAACCGGGGUGCCUCAAUCCGUAUUCCCCGAGAAUGUGCCGCUAAGGGCUACGGCUACUUUGAGGAUCGACGACCGGCUUCGAAUGCCGAUCCGUACCAGAUUACCGGCAUAAUAAUGGAGACAAUUUUCGGCGCGGCAGAAUAAGUCAGGAUACCCCCCCUCCCUACCCCAUUGUUAUGAUGGACUUGCUUUUUUAUUUUUUAUUUUUUAAUGGGAACCAUAGAUAGACGGGUAGUGUCCAGAGGGGUCAAUGAAUUACGAGUAUGAUUUCGGAAUACGUGGUCCCCGUCUCGGUAGCGCUCUUGAUCGGACGUGAUCAAGUCGUGAGCGCUGUUUAGGGCAUGAGCGAGCAGGCAUUGUAAGCUAGUGUGUAGCAUGGGGAAUCCCUCAAAUCUCUCCCCCAGUACGCCGAUAGUUACAUACACGUUUUCAGUAGAAGCCCACUGAGCUUAAUAAGUGUCAUGACAUGCUCUUUUCCUCUCGA